UCCUACUCAAGUUUUGUUAAAGGUGAAUUCAAUUUCUCAUCCCUGUGCGUACGAAUGGCUUAUCCUCGCUCAGCCAGAUUAUUUGCCGUGCUAAUAGUGCUGGAAGUUCUGUUCAGCAUUGGUUACUGCACUUCCCAAUUCGUAGAUUCACGGGCAGCUUAUUACGGAACUCCGGAUGGCUUAGGAACUUCCAGUGGCGCUUGUGGAUAUGGUGAGUAUGGGAGAGACGUGAAGGCUGGAAAUGUUGCAGCAGCAAGUCAGUUAUUAUACAGAAAUGGGGCUGGAUGUGGCGCUUGCUAUCAGGUGAGAUGCAAAAAUAAGUAUCUAUGUACAUACAGCGGAGUAACAGUAGUGGUCACAGAUCAUGGAGAAGGCGAUCGAACUGAUUUCAUUAUGAGUCCUCAUGCUUUCACAACUAUGGCCUGGCCGGGGAAAGAUGAGCAGCUUAAGGCUUUGGGUGUUGUUGACAUUGAGUACAAAUGGUAA